AGUCGCUCUCUGUCCGUUGGAGCGUGCGUCACAGAGUGCAGUAUCGUUUGAGGCGGGAGAAACGCGCGCGAAGUUUUAGUGUCUGAUGUAAGAGAAGUGCAGUGCGUGUAUAUCAGGAUAGUGUUGAUACAACUGAGGCAUUGUCUCGCUGUGUUUACGUUUCGUUCAACGAUUGUUUCGCGAACGUUGCGAUUAGCUUAGAUCGGCACAUCGAAGGCGCAGAUCUUUGUUUUGAACAAAAAGUUUUCCAAUGCGGUUCUAUGAAUCGCUAGAUCGGUUAGGUGCCGCAUCUGUUGCGGGACGUAAACACAGCGCAUAUUCCUCAGUUAGCAAAUCACCAGUGUUGUUACGGCGUCAUGGAUGCCAGUGAUUGUGAUGUGCAAAUAUAAGUGCAAGUACAAAUGCAAGAGUUAUGGCGCUCCGGCAUGACGCGAUGGAGCCCAGCUUCCUCCCGGCGGAUCCGCCGCCGCCACCGCUCGCCGACCUCGGCUAUCAGCCCCGCACAGACCUCGCCACAGAGUACUUCAACACUUUCAGCCAGAUAUGCGACACGUACCGCCCGCCCGAGUCGGAGGCCAACCUCCGCCAGACAUCCGACUCAUUACGACUCACCACGCACAUACUCGACGGCGGCCACGGCGAAUUUAUCAGCACGGACUUUCUGAAUGACAAGGCGAAACAGUCGCGGAGUGAAUUCGCGGAGUUGUGUAGUGCGAAAGAGGAGAUGUUCCAGUUCGGUCAGCCGGAUGCGUCAGCGCUGCUGCGUCAGCGGGCGCGCCGCCGCUACCACGAGGAGGUGGGCCACGCGCCACCGCCCGCCACCAGUCACGAGAGCGGGUACGGCAGUGAUGAGUUCGGGCACGACUCACCGAGUCGGUACGCGUCGCCGAAGGGCGCGGGCGCCGGCGCCGCGUACCAGGAGCCGUACUACGCGGCGGGGGAGUGGGGCGCCGGCUACUACCAGCCGCCCCCGCCCUACCACCACGACCCCUAUGCCACUUCGCCAGGCAUAGCGGGUAGCGGCGGGGCCGGGGCAGGGGCGGGAGCCGGGGCGGGUGGGGGCGUGGCUGAGGGCGCAGGCGCGGCCGGCGGUGCAGAGUUACCGCUGCCGCCCAUGUCUUCGUUCCGCGCAGCAGCACCCGUCCACUCACCCACAGAUACCAUGCUGCUCACCAAGCCGCCACUACAGCCCAUGUACGGCGGUGCGGCGACAAGCGUGGCGGGCGCGGCUCCGAGCGUGGGGGGCGGGGCGGAGGCGGGCAGCCUCUCCUCGUACGGCUCCUCGCCUUCCACACCAGUACACUCGCCACCGCCGCUCCACGCGCGUCUAUACCCGCUCAAGCACUCGCCACACCCACCCCACCACCCCCACCACAUGCACCAUCACAAUGGACAGCAACAGACAGCGGGGUGGGCGGGCGUGUCGUCACCGCCGGGCGCGGGCGUGGGCAGUGUGAGCAGCGUGGGCGCCGUGGGCACAGUGGGCGCGGUGAGCGGAGUGGGUAAUGUGCCCAGCGUGCUGCCCAACGGUCACCAUCACGUCGCCGUAUUCCCGCACAAUGUUAUGGGCGUGGCCGCGCCGGCGGAGCAGCGGCAGCUCGACGAGGCCAUGGUGUUCCUGCGCGACCACUCCGACAUCGUAGGCGCGAGGAUGGAAGAGAGGCUGGAUGACGCCAUCAAUGUACUGCGCAACCACGCGGAGGCGCCAGACCUCUACCCCCACGACGUACAUCAUCAGGCCACGCCAGCGAGUAGAGUGGGGGGUGUGGGGGGAGUGGGGCACGCGGCACCCGAACCCCCCGUCAAACUGGAGCGACAUCUGCUGACCAACACCAAGAAGCGCAAGGAGCCGCCAGACGCGGUGCUGGAGGCCAAACCCUCAUCUUCUGGAGCAGCAGACCUCGGCAAGCCCCCCGCCAACAAGCGCUCGCGCAGAUAUGGUGUUGUGGCGCGCAGCUGCUCCUCUGCAGACGAGGAGGACGUGGACCCCGACACGAAGGCGGCGCGCGAGAGAGAGCGCAGGCAGGCCAACAACGUGCGGGAGAGGAUAAGGAUACGUGAUAUAAACGAGGCGCUGAAGGAGCUGGGUCGCAUGUGUAUGACACAUCUGAAGAGUGACAAGCCACAGACGAAGCUCGGCAUCCUCAACAUGGCAGUCGAGGUCAUCAUGACACUCGAACAGCAAGUCAGAGAACGCAACCUGAACCCGAAGGCGGCGUGUCUGAAGCGACGCGAGGAGGAGAAGGCGGAGGAGGCGCCCAAACUGCUGCCCGCCCCCCUCCACCACUACCAGCCCAUGCCGGGCAUGGGUCCGCUAGGAGGGCAGCCCCCGAGCGGCGCCCCCCCACAAUAGCGACGUGUCGCCCGACCCUGCGCUCUGCACUGACACACGUGAUCGCCCCCGACACGCCCCCGACACGCCCACUGCGCCACACAUCGCC